AUGUCAGUCCUACCAAGUGUCGACAGUGCCCUCGGCACAAUUGGAAACACACCAUGUGUUCAGUUGACCUGCGUGGUCCCUCCAAACAGCGCUCGAGUGUUCCUGAAGCUAGAGAGCUUGAAUCCUACCGGCUCGUACAAGGACCGCAUGGCUCUCUCAGUCAUCGAGGAAGCAGAGCAUCGUGGGGACCUUCGCCCAGGAAUGACAGUUUUGGAAGCUACCGGCGGCAGCACCGGGUCGUCCCUCGCCUUUGUCUGCGCCGUCAAGGGCUACAACUUCCGUGUAGUCUCCUCCGAUGCCUUCGCGAAGGAGAAGCUCAACACCAUGACCGCGUUUGGGGCGCACCUGGACAUCGUGCCGAGUGAGAAUGGAAAAAUCACACCGCAGCUGAUCCCUUGUAUGCGGGAGCGAGCACGCCAAAUUGCCACAGAGGAUAAGGAUUCUUCUUAUUACUACGCCGACCAAUUCAGCAAUCCCGAUGUCUUUCCGGGUUACGAGACCCUUGGUCGUGAGAUACUAGCACAGGUUGGGGAACCUAUUGACGCCUUUUGUGGCGCAGUUGGGGGGGCAGGGAUGGUGAUGGGUGUCGGGAAAACUCUGAAGCAGAGCUGGCCGGCGUGCCAUGUAGCUGUGCUUGAGCCUGCUUCGGCGCCUGCCUUGACCAAGGGUCAUGGCGGCGAGCACUCGGUGGAAGGAAUCGGUAUUGGCUUCCCUCCUCCUCUCCUUAACAAAGACUGGUAUGACGAGGCACGGGCGAUCGAUGAAGGGGAAGGGCGUGCCAUGUGUCGACGACUAGCGAGGGAGGAGGGUCUUUUGGUUGGCACUUCUUCGGGUCUUAAUGUGGUUGCCGCAAUACAGUUGGCUAAGCAACUGGGUCCUGGGAAAACAGUGGUGACUGUGGGCUGUGAUACUGGUCUGAAGUAUGUUCGAGGAAACCUGUACACAGAUAGCUGA